AUGGAGCUCAUGGAUGCUCAGCAUGCGUUGGAGGCUGUGGAGAGACUGCAAGCCAAAUUAAGGGAGAGAGGAGAGGCCCACACUCAGGAGAAACUCUCCCUGCUAAAGACCGUCCUGCAGAGCCCUCUCUUCCACCAUAUACUCACAAUGCAGCAAGCACAGCGGCAACCCCCAGCAAAGGAGAGGCGAAUCUCCAAGUCCCUGUCCAUGAAUUGUGGCCCUUGCGCGGGCAUGGCACUGAGCCUGAAGACACUGACCCACAGUGACUCCUACACAUGGGCUGUGGAGAAUCGAAGACCCAGCACUGCGAAAUCCUUUCACAGGGACGGCAGCAUGUCCUCGCUAGGGUCGCAGGACCUGCCCAGCUUGGACUUCUUCACCGACAACUGCAUCCAGACUGAAUCACAGUACUGCACUCCUCCUCGAAUCACCCGGAGCCUGUCAAUGGGGAAAAACUUAGCCGCUAUUGCACAUGAGAGACGUCAUAUAGAGAUGAUAGAGCUGAACAACGAUGGGAAGGGCCUUGGGUUUGGUAUCAUUGGAGGAAGGAGCACGGGGGUCAUGGUCAAGACCAUCCUUCCUGGAGGAGCUGCAGGACGGGACAAGCGCCUGCGUAGUGGAGACCAAAUCCUGCGCAUCGGAGACACUGAGUUGUUGGGCAUGAACAGUGAACAGGUGGCACAGGUGCUGCGAAAUGCUGGCAGCAAGGUGAAACUACUCAUUGCCAGGGACAUUGCAAAGGGCAAUCAUCUUUCUUCACCUGCGCUCACCCAGGAUAGCUUUAACAACAAGCUCAAUGACUUGGAAGAUGACUAUGAGUUUGCUGUGCAGUUCACUAAAAACAACCUGGGCCUGGGAUUCACCAUCACUAGCUACAUAGGUGACCUUAACUCAGUAUACAGCGCUGGUGUGAUAGUGAAGAGUAUAGUGAAAGGCAGCACCGUCGAUCAGGAUGGACGCCUUCACGUUGGCGACACUAUACUCUCUGUGGAUGGAGUGAGCCUACAGGGCUGCAGCGAGCAGAGGGCAAUGGAAGUGCUGCGAAGGACAGGCCCACUGGUCAGACUGAGGCUGCUGAGGAAGGCGAUCCGACUGAGCCACAUCCUGCCCCCGGCCCCUCCUCUGCAGCCCCUCAGACACUCCCACAGUUUCCACGAGGGCAACCCCUACAGGGUGGGCCUCAGUAAGAUCCAGGAGACAGGAAUUCGCUCUCUGCGUGAAAUCUCAAGGCGAGCGGUGUACGCCAACAGACAGCCCCGCAAUGACUCCAGAAAUGGGUUGAAGCUGACGCCAGCUGAGGAGGAGGACUUGAAGCGGAGGUGGCAGCAUGCCCUCGGACCCAGAUAUGAAGUUGUUGUGUGCCAGCUGGAGCGCUUCAGUGAAACUAGUGGUCUUGGGAUCAGUUUGGAGGCUAGGGCAGGACACCACUACCUGUGCUCCGUCUUAUCUGAGGGGCCUGUAGGGCAGAGUGGCAAGAUCUUCCCUGGAGACCAGAUACUAGAGGUGAAUGGGAUCCCUCUCAUCGGGGAGACACAUAAGGAGGUGGUUGACAUUCUGAGGGAGCUGCCGGUGUGUAUAUGUGCGGUAUGCUCUCGGGUCGUACCCCCGGCACUUCACGACAGCGAUGAGGAUGAUGAAGAGGAUGCGCAGCUGACGCUACAAGAGCUGUUGGCGGAAUUCAAUGAUAAGUUGGACCAUGGCUGUGUCAUUCCCUGUCCGACAGCUGAGGACAUUACCAAGCGUGGUGUGCCCCCCAUGUCCCCCCCUCUGGCCAUGUGGGAGAGAGAGGCUCAGGUGGUGGAGCUGGAGAAGGGAGAGUCCGGGCUGGGCUUCAGUAUCCUGGACUACCAGGAUCCAGAGGAUGCCACUAAGACGGUUCUGGUGAUCCGGUCAUUGGUGCCUGGAGGUGUAGCAGACCAGGAUGGCCGCUUGCUUCCCGGUGACCGACUCAUGUUUGUGAAUGACAACGACCUGGAGGGCUCCAGCCUGGACUAUGCAGUGUAUGUCCUGAAGUCCACUGGCUAUGGUCCUGUCCGCGUUGGCGUUGCAAAGCCGCUACCGCUGGAACUUUGUGGCGGUCUGACCCCGAUCUCUGAGAGAAGCACCCGGGUUUCUUGCGAUGACACUGAUAGCCACACUCAGGUCAGCCUGCUAGCUGAGCUGGCGGAGGCGCCCGCCAACACCUGCAACUCCGAGGAGAACAGCGUCAGUCAGCCCUACAACGCCGAGAACGAGCUUCAUCGGCGCUUCAGCAUCAUAGAGGACAGCGAUGAGCUGAAAGCCCCGCCCCCUGCCCCCUGCACCAACUUUGAGAGGACAAUCACUGUUGUCCGGGGCAACCGUAGCCUUGGGAUGUCAGUGAGUUCUAUCAAGGACGGCUCAGGCAUGCUGGUGCGCAGCGUGGUCCAAGGGGGCUCUGUCAGCCAGGAUGGCAGACUGGGGGUAGGAGACGCCAUCCUGGCCAUCAACGGAGAGCCUGCUUUCAACCUGACGCACGCCAAAGCCCGGGCCCUGCUCCGCAGACACUCGGUAAUCGGGCCAGAAAUAAGCAUAACCUACGUCCCAGCCCCCCAGGUGGAAGAGCACCGGGCCCGCUUAUGCCUCCCCUCCCUGGCGUCCAUGUCAGCACAGAGCAGCUCCCCCUCCCCCCUCCCGCCGACGCUGUCUCCAGAACCGGCGCCGACCCCGACCAAGUCACCUGAUCUGGUCAGAGGUUUCGCCCCAGAGCCAGCGCGGACAGCGGUCAAAGACCGUGCUUCUUUCAAAGGUCCGAUCCCGGGUCCGGCCACUACCGGGGUCUCCACUGGUACCCCCCCUUCAGAGACAAGCCGGCCGCUCCUCCGGCGGGCGACGGGCGGGACCAAGGAUCGACGGGAGGUGGAGGAUAAGGAGGACGGGCGCGGCGGAGAGGAGCGCGUGCCGAAGGUGACCGUGGAGGUCGCAGUGGAUGGCAGCAAAGAGAAUGAAGACGAGGAGCUUCAUCAUCCUCCCGCCGUCCCAUCUUGGGGUCAACCUCGAAGUGUGACGCUGACUCGCGCGCCAGGCCAGUGCCUUGGCAUCAGCAUCAUGGGCGGUAGAGGCAUGGGCAGCAGACUAAGCAGCGGGGAGAUGAUGAGGGGAAUCUUCAUCAAGCACAUCGGCCCCGACAGCCCUGCCGCGCACAACAGUACCCUCAGGAUUGGGGACAGGAUCCUCGAGGUGUGUGGAGUGGACCUGAGAGAUGUCAGCCACGAACAGGCAGUAGACGCCAUCCGCAAGGCUGGAGACACGGUGGUCUUCCUGGUGCAGACUGGCCAACACAGACCUCAGUCUCCGAUGCUUUCCAACCAUGAGAGUAAAACUGCCGCGGCACCGCAGGCCGAUUCACACGGCGGCGGCAAGGAAGCGGAGCUACUCAGUGGUCUGUUCCUUAGUCCCUCCCUUACAAACCCCUUCACCCCCACCCCCUUCAAGGUGCCUCGUUCGGCAGCCGAUAGAUUGGAUGGCAGGAUCCCUAAAACUGUCAAAUCACCAAACACCGAGGAAGAGGAGAGUGAGGACGACAUUGGCAGGAAAAAGAUGCUGCAGCGCUACGGCAGCCUGUCCGGGAAGCUCCAUAUGAUUGAGUUGGAGCAGGGCCCCGAGGCACAUGGCCUGGGACUCAGCCUCACGGGCAACAAGGAUGACUCCCGGGCUCGCAUGAGUGUCAGUGUGGCAGAGAUAGAUCCCCGGGGUGCUGCCGCGUUGGAUGGCAGGAUCCGGGUGGGGGACGAGCUGCUUGAGAUCAAUGGACAGAUCCUGUAUGGCCGCAGUCACCAGAAUGCCUCCACCAUCCUAAACAACGCCCGAUCUAAAGUCAAGAUCGUUCUCAUCAGGAAUAAAGGCAUUCAUGGUCAGAAGGCCCGGGACCCUGAAGCAGGAGGUGUGGAUGCCACCGGCUCACAGACAGAUCCUGUCAGAGGCUCAUCCGGAGACACCCGGCAUGUCGCGCUACCUCAGGAUCAUGUAGGUCUUGGCAUCUGCUUGUCAGAGGAGGACUCCUCGGGAGGGGUGAAGGUCAAGUCCCUGAUUCAGCACGGCACUGCAAGCAAGGACGGCAGGAUAAAGGUUGGCGAUACAAUCGUAGCGGUGAAUGACAAACCUGUGGCCGGACUCCCGAGGGACAAGGUGUCUGCGUUGAUAAUGAAACACCCGGUCUCAGUCAGACUCACUGUCGACCACUCCAAGCAUCUCUCCUCUUCUUCCUUUCUGCCCCUCCCAAAAUCCCCCUCCUAUCCCUGCUCUCAUGCCUCUUCCUCCUCCCUAACCCUACCUUUCUCCCCCUCCUCCUGUUCGUCUCUCAAUAUCGCAAGGGCCGCAGCCAUCGGGCAGUCCGACUGGCUGUGGUCUGGGUCCGUCACCCCUGACCCACUGAGCUGCCCAAUAGUGGCUGGCAGUGAAAGCACCAUAGAGAUCCUGAAAGGCAAUAUAGGCCUGGGCCUCAGCAUUGUGGGAGGCUGUGAUACCCUGCUGGGGGCAGUGAUAAUCCACGAAGUGAAUGAUGGAGGAGCAGCACAGAGGGAUGGGAGGCUGCAGGCUGGCGACCAGAUACUGGAGGUGAAUGGCAUAGACCUCCGGCGGGCUACUCACGAGGAGGCCAUUGGGGUGCUGCGUCUAACCACCCAGCGCAUACGCUUGUGUGUCUUCAGGCACCAAGAGGUUUACAGGGAGGAGGACCUGUGGGACAUCUUUAACCUGGAGCUGAGGCCUCGACCUGGACAAGGGCUGGGUCUGAGCAUCGUAGGGAAAAGUAAUGACACAGGCAUCUUUGUGUCAGAUAUCAUCAGAGGAGGCGUGGCUGAUUCAGAUGGCACGUUGUUGCUAGGCGACCAGAUUCUCUCAAUAAAUGGAGAGGACGUCCGCGCAGCAAUGCAGGAGCAUGCAGAGAAGCUGCUACAGGGCUGCAGUGGCUCUGUUCAUCUGGAGGUGGCUCGCUUCAAAGCCGGAUUACAGUACUCACAAGGAAGCCAGGAGUACUUUAAGUUGUGUUUUAUCCAGAGCGAAGACUCCGACUGUUCCACUCCGACCCCGUCCAGUCGAUGUGUUACCUCUCUGGGCCACCAGAGGGAGUCAGAGCACAAAGCAGGGAGUGACUACUACUGUGACCUCAGAAAAGUAGUAAUACAAAAGGGUGCAUGUGACUCACUGGGGAUUAAUGUGGCAGGAGGACUGGGCAGUCCCCAUGGGAACGUGCCUCUUUUUAUUGCUGAUGUGGAUACUAAUGGACUGGCUGCCAAAACAUGCCAGCUAAAGACUGGAGACAGGAUCAUCAGUAUCAACGACAUGGCCACUGAGGGUAUGACCCAUGUCCAUGCGAUUGCCCUGUUGAAGAACACAGUUGGAACCAUCACACUGCAGGUAGCAACAGGUCCUGGGGGAUAUGACACACAGGAUCACCGAGAGGGGCUCGGCCCGUCAUCAGGCCCACAUGGCAGUUUCCCAUCCUUCCACAACAAUCUCUGUACUCGUAUGUAUAAGACCAUCACUCUGGAGAGAGGCUCCUCUGGCCUGGGCUUUAGUAUCGUAGGAGGGUUUGGCAGCCCUCAUGGAGACUUACCCAUCUACAUCAAAACAGUAUUCAAUAAGGGGGCAGCCAUAGAAGAUGGCAGACUGAAACGCGGAGAUCAGAUCAUUGCUGUCAAUGGCCACUGUUUGGAGGGAGUAACUCAUGCUGAGGCCGUGGACAUCCUCAAGAGGACCAAGGGAACUGUGGUCCUCACUGUACUCUCCUGAGGACUGGCUCCCUUCCAUCCUACUCUUGUAACAACAUCAACUUGUUUCACAAAGGCAGAAGUAGGGCCACGAAUAGCUUGUAAAUGUUGUAGCUUAGCUGUAAAUCAUCUUG